AUGUCGUCCGGUCAAUCAGAGCAGUUUCCUCUCCCAUCAAUUUCUCGAUCGUCUCAUUCACGUUCCGACCGACCGACAACGUCAUGGACUCCAUUCGAUCCAAUUUCUCCGUCCGACCGCUCCUAUAUCCGCUACGAACGGGCCCAAACGCCGCACGAGGAGGAAGAUGUCACGUCCUACACAGGGCUGGGGAUCAACAGUUCCACGCAACGACUGGUGUCCAAUCGAGACAGUCGGGGGGCAGACCAGGCGACUCCCACGAGUGAUCUCUUCUCCCCAGGCUUUUCGGAGCAGCAAACUCUACGGUCGCAUUACUCCAGAGCAUCGUUUGUCGACAGUGAAUUCAACGCGACCAAAUUGUUGGUGCUAGCCAUCUACUCAACCGUUGUAUCCGGCAUAUACUUCUUUGUGUCCUUGUUGCGCCCGAGAUAUGAGCAGUCAAUCGGUACGGAUGGGGGUCUUCGACCUUCCACUGCCAGUUUACUCAGUGCCCUCUUUGCCAAGACAAUUGAGUUGGCAUUUGUCAGCGUUUUUGUCGCCUUUCUAGGGCAGUUCCUGAGUCGACGGGCGAUCAAGAAGGGAUCUAGUGGGAUCACCAUCUCGGAUUUGAGUAUGCGGACAUGGAUUAUGCAGCCGGCGUCGAUGAUCAUCCAUUCCCAAGCCAUGCGCUACUCGGCGUUGACUUUACUGGGGAUGCUCACUUUGACGGCCACCAUUGUCGCCAUGCUCUACACGACCGCUGCCGAAGCACUUGUAUCACCAAAACUCCUCCAAGGCCCCUACGAGGACCGAACGCUGACGGGAAAUAUCACCGCCAAAUUUGCCUGGCCCGACGAUAUGCGCAACCACUGCGAGACGGUGAUUACUCACGAUAUCGACCCGUCGGAAUCAGAGCAGGAUCGAGGAAAUACCUGCUUAGAGCUUCAACACGUCAGCCAGGCAUACCACAAUUACCACGCUUACCUUUCGAAAUGGAGCAACCUCGAUUCCCAAAACACGUCUGCAGCGCUGGUCCAAGGCGAGCGACCACUGCCGGUGGGAACGAUGUUCGAUAACACUACCGUGACUGGAGUUUGGAUCGACCAGACAAAUAUCACCGACUUGUCGGAGCGCUACGGGCGCAUGGUCAUCAACGUGACAGCCGCGAUGCCUCAUGGCGGCGUGGCCGGUGCAGUAAACAACCCCCAGAACGGGUUCCACCGACCCAGAAUCUCAUCGGAGGGCAACUUUGAUCUCUUAGCUCGAGUUCCAUCUCCGGCAGUGAACGUCCUUUGCGCUGGCAUGUCCGCAAAGGAACUAAGCCCGUUGAUCUACAAAACGUGGCCACACUCACGCUUCAAUCCCGACAACUGGACCCUGGACCAGCACAGUGAUGUACCUGCCUAUCCAUCCUGGCUCAAUCGCACCGUCGUCGACGAUCUCUUCCGGUGGGGGAAGAAGUACGACGCACGGCCACCCAUCUUCGGCAAAUUUCCCGAGGCGUACAACACCAUCGUCAACGGCUCCGUUUACUACGGUGACUCCCUCUACCUCCUCGGCCAUGCUCCCACCAACCGAACCCCAGAAUAUGUCCUCUGCUCCAUGAAAGCCAAGCUCAGCCCUCGCUGCUCAACGUACUACUCUGCGUCCAUUCGCGGCGCCUCCUUUGGCACGAAAUGCGACAACCCUGACGACAAAUGGCGCUAUGACCAGGCAUACCCCGACGCGCCCGACGGUGCUUGGGACCCAGAUUGGAAAAACAUCGCUCAUUCCUGGGCCCUAGCCCUGAGUCUUAACACGGGCAUCACCAACGGCCGCGCCAGCAACUCCCGCGUUCUCAUGCAGCUAACCCCCAAGAACGACACCCUUGACCCAAAGGUCCCAUCCAUUGCGGAAGCUCUGGCCGUCAUGGCCGGCAACACCCUCAUUCUCGGCUCUGCCAACGCCCCGUUCGUCCAUUUCUGGAAUUACACCGACAUCAGCAAGGAGCCGAAGAAUGCGACCGUCCCUAGCCCAGAGCCGCAGUUUUUCCGCGCCUCCGUAAGGGUCGUCGGAUAUCAGUCUAGCUAUACUGAGAAAUGGCACUACGUUUUCUACGUGAUACUAGGGCUGGCGUUUAUCACCAGUGCCUUCUGUCUCGUGUACAUGCUUCUCAUUAAAGGGCGACAGUUGACCGACUUCACAGACCCACAGAAUCUGUUCACGCUGGCGAUGAACAGUCCAGCGACAUCUAAGCUGGACGGUGCCUGUGGUGCCGGACCGCACGGGGAGCAUUUCAAGGAGAAAUGGUUUGUCGGUAUGGAGCCUGAGGACGAGCAUUAUUAUAUUCGAACGAAGGCAGAGGAGCGAACGCCGCUCAUCCCGACAGCAAGAUUCUCGAUGAGGUCCAUGGAGGCGGAGGAUGUCAUGAAGCCGACUACGCCGGCUGUGGAGGAAUAUGCGAGGGUCUCAUCGAGACGAGGGUGGUUGUCGCGAUGGUACUGA